AUGGAGCAACUGAGACGCUCUGCCUCAGCAGGCCGUAAUAAGCCUCGGCCACAGAUUGGUGCUGGCACGAAAGCGUUGCCUAAUAUAAGUUGCCCUAGAGAAGGGAAAAUGUAUAAUUUUGUGGUCUGUGGUCCCUACGAUGCGGAAUCCGCUGCUGAUGCGGCCAUGUUCUCAGAUUUUAUGGGGAUUUCAAUGACCCUCCGAUAUGCUACCCAGGACGCAGAAGGCACUUAUCUUUCUUGCUUUCCUCUGGACGAACUUUUUGACCAGCUCGCGAUGAGAAACCCUCCAAUCACAGAUAUCAAAUGGGGUAAAUUUGGACCAAACCGGACUCCCUUGUAUACUUACUCAAAAACACAGUGGGUGACAAGAAGUGACAAGUGGUUUGAGUAUGUUCACCCCAAGGAUAUACUUGAAAAGGUUACGACUUGGAUCCAGUACAAGGCUCAUGGAGUGGCAGAAAAUGAUGUGGUAAACAUCUUUUUUCAAACACACGGCGAUGUUAACGGGAAUGUCUGCCUUGGAACAAAACGUCUAACCACCUCUGCGGUGGUAGAUUUAAUCUCACAGUUUCCCAGGGGCUGUCAGGUAAAUGUGGUUGGGUCGCACUGCUACUCUGGAAAAUUGGUCAACGCGAUCAGAGCCAGUGGCCAGAUAGCUCGGUAUGCAGUUGCCGCUUGUGGCCCAGAGGAAAAGCAUUUUUCUGCCACCCGGUCCGUCAGCAACCGUAUAAGGAACUUCAGGUUUUCGCAGCCCUUCAUCCAGUCCUUGGCUCGGGUUCACCUCCCAUGGCUCCCUCAGCAAGGCUCUCCGCAGCUUACUAUUGCUCAGUAUGACAAUUUUUUGAGAGAGGCAAUGCGAAGAAUGACCCUAACCUCUUUCCUAGGGCGCCAAGCUGAGACCUACACUUCUUACUUGUCCCCAGAGAUACAGGCCUCAGUAACCUUGUUGGAAGAGUUGGUCUUACGUGAUCAUGUUGAUGUUGUUUUCCUCAGAGAGACUGCCCACAGAAGACGACGCUUGGAAUGGCCUACGCUGGAUGUCCGGCUGAUGCAACAAAUGCGAAGGAAUAUGGUACCACCCAGUAGCUCGCUGGUUAGGAGAAUUCAGGAUCACAUCCAGUCAGCAGCAUCAAAGUGCGAUUUUGAUAGCGCACUGAUGGAUGAUGGUCCCAUUCUGGGAAGGUUGGAACGUCGCCAGCCUCCUUACGCAGAGAUACUACGAGCACUUUAUUAUAGGGGUAGGGUGCAAUCUGCGGUAUGGGAUGUAUUCCUCAUCCUCUGUGAGAGAGGUUUCCUCGAUCUUGAGACCAGCCUGGAACAUCCAAUAAACUUCUACACUGCACCACAUGGAUUUAGCCAAGUUGUGUCGCUAUUGCUGUGCUUUGAAGGGCCGUACGAAGCCAAUCUUUUGGCGCCAUAUAACUUCAAUUAUAGCUUAAGCUUUCCAAUUCAUUGGCUCGCAGUGAUGAUUUCACGAGGAUGUGCUGAUCCAGCUCGGCUAUUCGAGACUAUUCGGUACACCGGUAUGCUUGGCCCACUGCUUGAUACUGAACUACACGCUUUGCUGAGUCAAAAUGAUGGCGUCGUCACGUUUAACUGUGACCCGAAGAUGCGUUCUGGAUAUUCACCGCCACCCUUUGGUUUAUGGCUGCCACAUGGGGUUGGAAAUAAUCCUUCACUAAUCCCUGACAUCAUUGUGAAGUCUAUAGCUUUCUUCAAUGAGACCGAAGCUCUUUUUAAAGAGCUCUUUGGCCUGAGUGACGAAGAGCUUCUUUUGGAACCACAACAGUUUUUAGCUACGCAAGUGUAA